UCCACCCCUGACUCGUUCCAAUCUGGACUGAUCGAACUGCGAACGGCACUGCCUUGCUCCCAUCCUCCUGCCUCCUGCCUCCUGUUCCAUCCAUCCUUCCCUUUUCAGCUCUCGGUCGAAGUGGGCAUGAGGUCGCUGCACAAUGACAUCCACGCCGGUAGGUGAAUACCCAUGUCUCAGUGAACGGCUGUCACCAACGGGCUCGCCCUGCCCCGGCCCGAGACGACGUCAAAUUUUGGUUUCGGGUCUCACCGAACACGACUGCCGUUGUUUGCUGUGGAUCCAUGGCGGGGCGCCGUUUCAGCCAGUUCGGUCGUUCAAUUACUUUUGCCUCUCUUGCCAUGUUCGAAACCGACUAAAAAAAAACACCCAAGCACUGGACCCAAGCAAGGAGCCCGUUUGCCCGGCAAUUUGUUUGUUGCGGCACAGUCUGCACCACCAGAUACCAAGUGUGGAGCGAGAGCCCAGGGCGCUGGGUUGGCGGUCCGGAGGGCUGCAGUGGCCGCAGUGGCUGCAUGGAAACUCUGGGCUCUGUGUGGCAGGUCCCGUCGGUUCAUGUAUGCUGGCUCUGAACCCCGCUGCAUCACAAUCCCUGCGGCCACGACCCCCCUCACUCUGCCCAAUCAUGCCCAACCGACCGCGCCGCAGUCAUCAACGCCAGCUUAACCCGUCCAGGCAGGAAAGACGAGGCAAGACGGUCCGGAACGCCCAAAACAGACACGCUGAAGGUGAUCUCGCAUCCACAUGAGGCUUGUCCCGCGCUUCGGGACAUGCCAUGUCAUGCAGGUUGGCAGGCAGUGGCAGGGCAUGGCAGGGCAUGGCAGCGCAGGGCAGGGUCGGGUGGUUUUUUGUUGGACCUUUGGGCUGGACCCGUCAGCUGCCGCUGCAGCUGCAGAU